GAGCCGGGCGUCACGUGACUGGGCGUCGGGUGACCGGCAGCCGGAAAAGCAAGAUGGAGGGGCGGGGCCGGUGAGCCCCGGGCAGCUGCCGGUGAGCGCCGAGCUGGGGGCGCGUGCCCGGAGCAGCCACUAUGUCCACCAGGAGGCUGCGGAGCGAGGACUACAAGGACUACAGCUCCACAGAGGCUACGCCUGACGGGAGCCCCCCCGAAGGCAUAAACGGCUUUGCCUCUCCUGAGUCCUACCAGCGGUUCGGGGAGAGCAACGGGACAACAUGGUUUCAAACCUUGAUCCACCUUGUGAAAGGGAAUAUUGGCACUGGCCUGCUGGGACUGCCCCUGGCUGUGAAAAAUGCUGGCAUCGUGCUGGGCCCUCUCAGUUUGCUGGUGAUGGGAAUCGCCGCAGUGCAUUGUAUGGGCAUCCUGGUUAAAUGCGCUCACCACUUCUGCAACAAAUAUCAAAGGCCUUUUGUGGACUAUGGAGAUGCUGUGAUGUACGGACUGGAAGCCAGCCCUAGUGCCUGGCUUCGGACCCACGCCAUCUGGGGAAGAUACGUAGUGGGAUUUUUCUUGAUUCUCACCCAGCUGGGGUUCUGCUGUGUUUAUUUCGUAUUUCUGGCUGACAAUCUGAAACAGGUGAUCUCUGCAGCAAAUGGCACCACCAAUGACUGCCAUUCCAACAAAACCACGGUGCUGACUCCCACUAUGGACUCCCGGUUGUUCAUCCUCUCCUUACUGCCGUUCCUGGUGCUGCUCGUGUACAUACGGAAUCUCAAGAUCCUGUCCAUCUUUUCCAUGCUGGCCAACCUCGCCAUGCUGAGCAGUCUCAUCAUGAUAAACUGGUAUAUCAUCACGGGCAUUCCAGAUCCCAGCAACCUGCCUCUUGUAGCGGGCUGGAAGACCUACCCUCUGUUUUUUGGCACGGCGAUCUUUGCUUUUGAAGGUAUCGGAGUGGUGCUCCCCCUGGAAAAUAAAAUGAAGAAUCCCCGGCACUUCCCAGUGAUCCUGUAUGUGGGAAUGGCCAUAGUCACCUUCUUGUACAUCAGUCUGGGGACCUUGGGAUACCUGCGAUUUGGAGCCAGCAUCCAGGCCAGCAUUACUCUCAACCUGCCUGACUGCUGGCUGUACCAAUCUGUCAAGCUGCUCUACUCCAUUGGGAUCUUCUUCACCUACGCGCUGCAGUUCUAUGUCGCGGCUGAAAUCAUUGUGCCCGGGGCUGUUUCCCAGGUGCCGGAGCGCUGGGCGCUGUGGGUCAACCUGCUCCUCAGGACGUGCCUCGUCUGCGUGACAUGCCUGCUGGCAAUCCUGAUCCCCCGCCUGGACAUCGUCAUCUCUCUGGUGGGCUCUGUGAGCAGCAGUGCUCUCGCCCUCAUCAUCCCUCCCCUGCUGGAGAUCACCACCUAUUACUCCGAUGGCAUCCACCCCAUCACCGUCGCCAAAAACUUCCUGAUCAGCAUCCUGGGCUUGGCGGGGUUUGUGGUGGGCACCUACGAGUCCCUUUGGGCACUGGCCACACCCCCCAUUGCCAACACCACCAGAGCCUUGGUCUAGUGACCCCUUUUCCUUCCCUCGCUCCACCCCAGCAGCGCCAUACAGCCUCUUGGCAGCUCACUGGGUUUUCAUCAGGGUCGUGGCAGUGACUCUCCCUUCCUUCUCUUUAAAUGUAUUUGUCCAGGUGAAGUGAGGGUGAGUGCACAACUGGAAAAGACAGGACCCCGAUUCCCAUGCCCUUUCCCUCUCCUCUUAGUUUGCAGUUCCCACUUUGGGGAGGGGGUCUCAUUGCUUGGCUCUGGGAGCCCUGCAGAGAUGACUUGCGGCCCCUGGUUGGGAUGGAGUGCCUUCCUUUGCUCCACCGGGAUCCUUCUGGCAGAUUAAGGUGACAUACCUACAGGUGCCAAGGUACUGCAGUUUUAAGUGGACAUGCUUCUAGACUAUAGAGUACCAAGGGGAGGGAAGAAAUCCUUGGGCUCUUUCAGGGAUCUAGAUGACUGCUUCACAGCUCAGGGUACCUCUACCCUUCCCAAACUCCCCUCUGCCCAGAAAAAGAGAAUCUCUGACUCUUUUCUGGUGCCAGCCCUUUUUUUUUUUUCUUUCAGCACUUUAAUUCAUUGCAACAGAGUAACUCCAGCCAGUGAGUGACACAUUAGAGCCCUCAUCCUUCAGAGCUGUAGAACCUGGAAAAUUACAGUGGCAACAAGGGGAAAAGGGAGCAGGAAACUGCACAAUGAGAGAGAAUCUCUUCCGUGCACUGACCUGGCAGGCUGAUAGGCACAGCCCAGUUUGACACUCGCCGUGUGUAAGCCGGGCCUCGGUGGGUAGAGCGCUCUCUAGCUUGAGGAGCCAAACACAUAAGCAUUAGAUGGCAUUGUUUAUUGGAAUCCACAUUACAAACCCAUCUGUCUGGGCCUUUUUCAGCCUAGAUCCCUGCCACACUCCAUCUCAGGCUCCGUCCAUUCUAGGUCACGUGGGAUGAGGCAAGUCUGUGUGUGUGUUUGGGUUUCAGAGAAGAAUUGGGGGAUUGUGCUAAAUCCCUGACUUAAGUUUAGUUGUCUUUUUUUUUUCCUUCCUUUGUAGACUCUGUAUAAACGAUGUGGGGUUUAUCGAAAGCAUUAGGAACAAGGUACGCAUGGAGCAGCCUGUGAUGGUGUCUGGGGGCUCCACUUCCCUGCUGAGGCAGUUAGUUAUUUUAUUCUUGAACUAGGAGCCCACUUUCCUUUACACCUUUCUUUCAAAAAAGGGCAUGGGACAGGGAUGUCCCCUUGCCGGUACUACUUUAAGCUCACUCCACCUCACCCUGGAACACUCCCUGCCUACAAGGGAUGUCUUGUGUUUACACCCACCGUAGCUAUGCCCCUGCUGGGUGGUGCUACCUCACUGUUUGUUAUAAAUCACUGAUAGCUCACAUGCUGAAUCAUGACAAUGAGAAUUGAAGGCAAAUUGUUAUAAAGAAUCUGCGUUCCUCUUCUCUUCCCCUGCUGGAUCUAUCCUUUGUUCUCCGGCUAGUUAAGUGGGGGUCCCACAACUUGCUAGGUAGGAAGAAGCGUUAUCUGUUUUGUCCACUUGGUUUGAUUAGUGAGGGAAGGGAGCUGUCUCUUUCGUGUUCCUCUUUCAUUCAUUUCCCUUUACUUUGCGCUGGAUCUCUAGGCAGCAGAUAAGCUGUUUAAAGCUUUGUCAUUGUCAUGCUUUGGUGAGGCGUGGCUUGACAUGACACCCUCUUUCUCAUUCCUGUGGCUUGUAACAGUUUGUCAAUGACCAAAGGACUAGAGUAAGCAAUCUAUGGAUAUAGAUGCAGAGUUUGACUUAAAAAUCUCUUCCUUCUGGUUAGCGUAAGAGGAGGGGAUCACUCAAGUGUGAAUGAAAGUGCUAAUGAAGGGAGUGUUCGUAAAGCGACGGCUGGAAAUCCAAUAGCAUCCCAGCAUACGCUUCGGCACACAUCCAGGACUACUUUGUAGUGAUUGUUUUUUGUAAUUUAGCUUUUUACAUUGAUUUUUUUUAAAGGCGCUGCCAGCACUCCAGCAGGAUGGUUUGUUAAUCUCGUGUCUAAAAGUAAGCACAAUCUGAAAGGGCUUUGGGCUGAAUUUAUUUAUUUGCUAUGGCGGGGCAGGUAGGGCCAAUGUAUAGUCAUCUUGAAAUCAAAGCUUGGAAGCCAAACUUGCAGCGGGUGGUCAGCAGAGGUUUGUUCCCAAAGCCCUGUGCUGAAUAUGAAUGGUCUGAAGGGAGGGUUGAUGCUGUCUCUAAACCAUCCGAAACCUCUGAGCUCUUGGACUAGUGUAGCAAUGGAAAGAUCAGCCUAUACAAUGGCUGGAGCAUUUCAUUUAAUUAGAACAGGCGCAGGGUUUGAUUUCCCCUUGGCCACAAAGUGGCUGUCUUAAGUAACUAGCAGGGCCUAGCCGUAAGUCUCUGCAGCCCUAACACAGGCCUGGAAAUGGAGUCUGUGCACAUGUGAAAUGGCAGGAUGGCAUUUUCAGGCAGGUUUUUUUUAAUGGCAAUUCCAAAACAUGGCAGGCAGGUCCUGCUCUACCCAAGAGGUUGGGUCGUGAAUACCUGACCCUGAGGGCUUUACUGGAAGGUGUCGAUUUAUGCUGUGGCCAUACCAAGGGUUAGUUUUAAAGGGUACCCUGGAAAAUGGGGUUAUUGUGCUUUUGCAUUCCCCAAAAGCUGCUUCUGUCUCCAGGAGCCCUCAGGGAGAUGUUCAGGAAGCAAUUGUGGACCUACAUUGUCUGUGCUGCUCUCUCCAUGUAGAUUCCUAACACAGAUGUUUUCGUUAAAUGGAGAAUUCACUUCCUUCAUCAGCUCCUGUUAUGCAGGUUGUUUCCUGAAGCAAACAAACUCUUAGCAGAACAUUAAGUUCAUAUCUCCUUGAAAACAGCCUGACCAAAACAAUGCAUAUCGGCACCUCUCCAGCCCCUGGCGUGGGCCAAGCUUUUCCCACUCUCUAGUACCUCUCCUUCAAAGCCUCAAAGUGUGUCCUCUCCAGGGGCACACCUUUCCUUUAGAGAUCCCCUCUCCCACCCCGCAGAUACCCUGCUAUCUCUGCAGUCCCAGUGCAGUCAACAGAUUCUAGGAACAAGUUCCAUCUGGGCCAAGAGCCAGCCCUGGUUUCAGCAAGGAAUACCGUGACUGGUUUGAACUGAACUUGGGGAAAUGUAGGCAAAUUUGGUGUGCUGGCUUCUUGUUUCCGACACUGGGAAACAGUGGGGCUUACCGUUCUUUGGGGUUUUAGACCUUUUUUGAGAGAAGACAAAAUGCCGGGAUGAGAAGCUAUCUGGAGAUGAGCUUCAAUACAUAAACUUCACUCAGGUCCCUCCUCUUGUACGUAAGUAGCCUCUUUCCCCACAAUGCAGUCGUAGUAUAGAAAUCGCAUUCAGUUCAGCAUCGGGUGCAUACGUUAUCUACACCAGUGUGCCCAGGCCUGGUGUCUUCCUGCAAGAUUUUCAGGCCAGUUGUGCGGUGAUGUAGCUUUUUUUUUUUUAGCUGUAGGUAGCUAUAUCUUAUGCUCCUUUACAUUUUUACUGCCACUCUCAUCAUUGGGGUGGCUGCAUCUGCAAAACAAAACCUGCUCCAUCUGCAGACUUCCUGCUGAAGGUCAUAGCAAGCGCAGCUGCCAGUGAGGGCGUGUUACUGUUUACUUAGGUGACGCUCUUGAGUUGUUAGUUGAUAUCUAGCUGGAGUGUCCCUUUAAGACCAAGGACCUGAUCCUGCUGUCGCUUGCUUUGGUGUAAAUUGCAAGUAACUGCAUUGAGAUCAGUGUGAACGAGAUCAGGAUCAGCAGACCCCUGUUUCCGGGAACUGCACUGGGGAACUGCGCUUGACGUGCACACUAUAUAUGGAAAGAGUGCAAUGUAAAAGAUCAUUUUAUAUUGACGCCUAUAGAACUUACUCUGGUGUCUGAUUUCAUUACUGACAUGCAACUCACUGGGCCUCACCUUUUCUACCCAGCAUCAUUGCAUGCUGGAGUCUCGGGGAACAGUUUCUCUUGGCUUCAUGGCUUUGUCUUCUGCGUGAUGGGAAGUUGGCAGCAAUUGAUAGCCACUACCUCCUGUUAUCAGCCAGGCUCUCCUUGCCAGCCAGCGUAAGGAUUAUUCCAUCUAAUGGAACACUAAUGUGUGUGUUGCUCCCCCUGCCACUCCCACCCAUCCACAUAUGCUGCUCUUGGCCUCUACACAGUCCUGAUUGACCAUGGAGGGGUGUCUCUUCUCCAUUUCCCCAGCUAGAAGUGACCGUUCAAGUUAACCCCAGCACUCCAUCAACCUCCCCUCCCUCGCUCCAUGUAAAAUACUAAUGUCAGAAUUAUUGCUAAUGGGACAUAGACUAUAAGUUAUGGCCCCCAACAGUACGUGUCCUCUUCCCCCACCUCCAUUUAAAAGCUGUUUCUAUUGUCAGCCCUGAGCUGAUACAGCACUGUACAGCUCUGGGGGCUGGCUCAGUGGGCACUCUUGCACGGAACACAACAUAGAUUAAAUAUAACUUUGCAGAGCACUUGGAUAACACGAGAUUAUUUGCUCUCUGAAUAUUAGCAGCUUGCUGCUGGUUCAGAAGAGGGGGGGAAACGGUUUUGUUUGUACUAACUGUCUUGGCCAUAUGAUCAUGUUUAGAGGGAUAUUACAGAAGUGGCCACAUCUACUUUUGGAGCCCCUGGUCGCAUUUUACAUACAUAUCAUGCUGUCCCUCUAGCUCUGGUGUGGUACCACAUCUCCAAUCAAGGGAAUGAAAAGGGCAUUUCAUGGCAGAGUAGAGGGAAAGAAUGCAUGACAUGCCCAUCUGCAAUGGUAAAGAAACCCAGGACAAAAUUCCACUUCAGAUUACACAGGAGUAACUCCAUUCAUAGUCAAUGGAUUUACCCCUGAUGAGAAUAACACUUGGUCCCUGGUGUUUAGAAUGAAUGGUUGGCAUGGCAGUUCAAGUAACUGAAUUUAGACUGUAAUCAGUGCUGAAGUCCUCGCAUUUGAGGUGCUUGUAGAUUCCUAUGAUCAGGACAACAACAUUCAAAAUUUUUUGACUAGCUUAAAUGUUGGGCCUUUCAGCUAUAUUUAAAUGAAAAUAAAGGGGUGGGGAACAGGGUGCAUUUAGCUGGGGUUACACUUAUCCAUGGAAUGACUGAAUAAUUGCGGAGCGAAGUGUAAUUUGACGUAAGGUAGUCACAGCCAGCAUUGGUCUGGAUUAUCAGUGAGACCUACCAUUUGACUUCCACGUUGUCAGCAGGUCAGUGACCAGGAAAAGCGUGUGUAUACAUAUAUCUAAUCUGUCGAUGUAUUUUUUUUGUGCCAGCAUAUAUGUGCAUUGCCAGCACACAGUAUGUAUAUCUGCCCAGUGAAAGAACUUAUUUGUAUUUGGUGUUGUUCCCGGAUCAUGUAUUCUGUUGUUUUAUUCAAUAAAUAAGGUCUAUUUUUAUUUUA